CUGCUCCUUUUCGUCUGGCUCUUCCGGUCGUGGGAGAAACAGCGCCACGUCCCGGGCCCGUUCCUCGCAUCCAUCACCAACCUCCCGCGGCUGGGGUGGGCGUGGUCCGGCAAGGCCCACGAGACUUAUAUCAGCCUCCACGACAAGUACGGCAAGCUCGUCCGCAUCGGCCCCAACUGCGUCAGCGUCGGCGACCCCCACGAGAUUCAGAAGAUCUACGGGACAGGGGUCAAUAUGGGCAAGUCAGACUACUACAGAGUGCUACAGCCGAUGUCGCGAGGCAAGGUCGUGCAGGGGCUCUUCAACACGCAGGACGAGAAGCUGCACAGGGCGAUGAAGCGCCCGAUCGCUGGCAUCUACUCGAUGAGCAGCCUCAUCGAGUUUGAGCCGUACGUGGACACAACCAUCCGCUUCUUCCUCGACCGGCUUGAGGAGGUCCAGAGCCGGGCUGGCGGUGAUGCUGCUGUCGGCACCUGCGAUCUCGGCACGUGGCUGCAGUGGUUUGCCUUUGAUGUCAUGGGAGAGAUCACGUUUAGCAAACGCCUCGGCUUUCUGGACGAGGCAAAGGACGUCGACGGCAUCAUGGGCUCCAUCUGGAAGUUCUUCGAAUACACAUCCUGGGCCGGCCAGAUGCCGUGGGUGGACAAGUUAUGGGUCAAGAAUCGCUAUCUCCAGCGCCUUCUCCCGGAGAGGAACUCACCCGUGGUUGCAUUUGCGCUGGCCAGAGCGCGGGAGAGGGCGGGGGUCAGCAGUGAUUCCGAGAAGGCGGCCGCCUCAAGUUACAACUCUCGAGACUUCAUGUCGCGCUUUCUCGAGGCGCGCGUCAAAGAUCCGAAUAUCCCAGAGUGGUUUGUGACGGCGUGGGCCACCUCCAACGUCCUCGCGGGAAGCGACACGACUGCCAUCAUGCUGCGCGCCAUCAUCUACUUUCUCCUCAAGCAUCCGGCGAGCCUCGAGAAGUUCUUGGCCGAGCUCGAACAGGCCCGCCGCGAGAACAGGCUGUCUGAGAUAGUCACAUGGAAGGAGUCGCGCAACCUGCCGUAUCUUGACGCAUGCGUUAAAGAGGCAGGGCGCCUCCACCCUGCCAUCGGGCUUAGCAUGGAGCGCGUCGUCCCGAUAGGAGGAGUGGAGCUAUGUGGGCGGCACUUUACCGAGGGCACCGUUGUGGGCAUGAACCCCUGGGUAAUUCACCGCGACAAGGCCGUGUUUGGCGCCGACGCGGACGAGUGGAAUCCCGACCGCUGGCUGGCUGACAAGGGGCAGCGAGUGGUGAUGGAGAGAUGUUUGCUUACCUUCGGCUCCGGACACCGCACUUGCAUCGGCAAGAACAUCUCGUACCUCGAAAUCUAUAAGCUGAUUCCGACCAUGUUUGCUCGAUACGAGGUGUCUCUGGCUGGGGACUGGAGCGUCAACAACCAUUGGCUCGUGGCCCAGUCCGGGCUCCGUGUGAGGUUGUCCCAGCGU